AUGGCCCAGGAAUUGGAAUUCGGGAGCAGAUUACAGAAGAGGAAAGAUGGGUUAAAACCUAUAUCGAUGGCGUAUGAGAGUAUGAAAGAGUACAAAGCUGCAAAAAUAAGGGAAUUGAAACCAGUUGUGUUGAAUAAUCCUCAAUUUUCGGUGGACAAGAACGAAGGUGAUGACACCGAAGAUGAAAUUGACGAGGGAGAAGGUAGCAGGGGCAUUAAAGUGGCCCCUAGGAACCCUAAAUUGGUUGUAUAUGAUCCUGAAGCUGCCAAAGAUCCAGAAGAAAGAUGGGCAAACCAGUACAUUGCUUCUACUGGUUGGUUGCGUGAGAAUAUUCCUUUUGAAGAUUCUUCUGGAAGCACGACAGGUUUUGUCCAUGGUGAUUUACGGAUUGAUAAUCUUGUUUUCCAUCCUGUUGAUAAUCUUGUUUUCCAUCCUGUUGAGGGAAACCCAUGGCCUCUUGUUGGACGGAAGUUUUAUAUUGCAUUUUCAUUUUUCCGUGGUGCAUCAAUCUUGGCAGGUGUCCACAAUAGUGAAGAUGAUUCAAUGGAUGAUAUUGGUGAGAUUCCAAUUCUAUUGGAAUGGAAUCACGAAUUCCAAUUCUGUUGGAAUCACAGAAGUUGA